CCAAGAUGUCGGGAAAAUUGUUUAUCUGCUUUUUAUUGGGAAUCGGAUUGCGGUUAUCCUUAUUUAAGACAUCCCUUCCAUCAUGGCUUGAAUCAAAGAAUGAAGUUGUCACUCCAUUAACAUCAUGGGAAAGAGUUGAAGAGGGUUUGGCUCUUCAGGAGAACCUUAUAUCUGCAUACGCUGGAAACAACUUUCAUGAGUCUCCACUGCUGCUAAGGAUUCUGGGUGUUUUUUCAAGAUGGCCGGGUGGAGUGAAUUUGUUGUUUGUUUUGGUUGAUGCUGUGGUUGGUUUUGUGCUUAUGAAAAUUGCUAAAGAGUUUGGACUCUACCUACUGCAGAAGCAAAAACAGGAAGUCAAGAAGUAUGCGACUAAUGUUACCAAAAUGCUGCACAGAUCGAAAGAUCUUCGCUGGCUACAAGUCUAUGUUGUGGUUAUGCAUUUUUUUAACCCCUACAGUAUUGCGACCUGCCUAGCAAAGUCAACAGCUUUGUUUUCAAAUCUUGCUGUUCUGUUGUGUUUUCUGUUCACUCUUAAAGGAAAUGAAUUACUCAGCACACUGUUCAUUGCGGUAGCAUCCUAUCAGUGUCUUUAUCCCUUCGUUCUGACUGCUCCUGUGGCUAUCUAUUUCUACAGGAAAGCUUGUCCGAAUACAGACAACUAUUCUGACAUGAAAGCGGCAGGCAGUUACAUUCGCACGUCAGGUCUCGUGAUAUUCUGGACAUGCUUGCUCUUGGGACUUUCUUUUCUAAUGGAAGGAUCAUGGAACUUCCUGCACUCAACGUAUGGUUUCAUAUUAACGGUUCCAGAUCUAACUCCGAAUAUUGGAGUGUUUUGGUAUUUCUUCACAGAAAUGUUUGAGCAUUUUCGCACCUUCUUUCUCUGUGUGUUCCAGAUAAAUGCUGUCAUCUUUACAGUACCUUUGGCUAUCACUUUAAAAGACAGUCCUGUGUUCCAGAUGUAUAUUUUGGUGUUUCUUAUGGGCAUUUUCAAGUCCUAUCCUAGCUACGCUGAUGCUGCCUUGUAUUUCUCCCUGUUGCCUCUGUGGAGACAUAUAUUCCAGUAUAUGCGUAACAAGUUUGUAGUUGGGUGUAUGUACAUCUGCUGCUCUGUGUUUGCCCCCAUCCUGUGGCAUCUGUGGAUCUAUGCUGGCAGUGCAAAUGCUAACUUCUAUUUCGCAAUUACUUUGACUUACUCCACUUCUGAGGUUUUUCUCGUCACAGACCUUCUAUUUGCAUUCCUUCGAAGACAGUUUGAUCUCACCAAUGGUGUGGACAAAAAACUAAAAAAUGGAGAGCCUGCCCAGAUUAUUCUUCAAUAAACGUUUUUGUUAUUAUGAACAGCACAAAGAUCAAAAUAUCCAGGUUCAAAGAGUAAAUGAACAAGUGCAUGUAUGUAAGGAUUCACAUGGCCUUGACCUAUCCAUGGUGUUAAAUCUCUCAGUAAGUUUCGUGGAACAUCUGCAUGGCAUUGACCCAUUCAUGGUAUUAAAUCUCAGCAAUUGUUUACGUUUGGUGGAGCAUAUGCAUGGUAUUGACCCAUCCAUGGUGUUAAAUCUCAGCAGUUGUUUACGUUUGGUGGAAUAUUUGCAUGGCAUUGACCCAUCCAUGGUGUUAAAUCUCAGCAGUUGUUUACGUUUGGUGGAACAUAUGCAUGGCACUGACCCAUCCAUGGUGUUAAAUUUCAGCAGUUGUUUACAUUUGGUAGAACAUUUGCAUGGUAUUGACCCAUCCAUGGUGUUAAAUCUCAGCAAUUGUUUACAUUUGGUAGAACAUUUGCAUGGUAUUGACCCAUCCAUGGUGUUAAAUCUCAACAAUUGUUUACAUUUGGUAGAACAUUUGCAUGGUAUUGACCCAUCCAUGGUGUUAAAUCUCUCAACAGUUGUUUCAGUUUGGUGGAACAUUUGCAUGGUAUUGACCCAUCCAUGCUGUAAAAUCUCUCAGCAGUUUUUUUUUCAGUUUGGUGGAACAUCUGCAGCCACCUUGAGUUUGAUGUAACUCGGUUGUAUCAUGCUGACUUGAGGUGUGAUAAGACAUGGGAUAAAUCUCUUUCUGUGGACUCCGUGGGUUAUUACUCAGAUAGGAUAAUCAUCCAGACGUUAGCACUACCUCAGAGUUGCAAGUUUUAUAGAUAUAUCCAGAAAUCCAGAUUUUUAACUUUCUCUACAGUGUGUCCAUAUUAUCCAACCCAAACUGACGAUAAGGUUUCGGCCGAUGCUUUGUAUACAUUCUGAAUGGGGACUGUCAUUUUAGACCAUUGUGCAACCCUAUCUCUAGAGUCAAUGUCGGUACUCGACCACCAGUAUCAAAACUUCAGGAUUUAAAUAAAAAUAACUUUGGAACCCACAGUCAUCUUUACUACCUGAAAACUGUUUGUUUUAAGCUCACAGUGACCUCCUAUUUUUAAGACCCUUUUCAUGAAUGCUUCUGGUCUUCUGGACGAUGUCAUUUUUAUAUCCAUUUCCCAUUUCAGCUAGGACUGUUUGACUGGUAUAUCAAAAAGCAAUGUGAAUGGUGCUACUGCUAUAUUCAUUGUGGGCAAAGUGCAUGUAAACUGUUAUCUUAUUGCUACCAUAAUCAUAGAGAGUAUUCCAUGUAUGUGACAGGUGUGUAGUUGGGGCAUUUGUUGCCUCAUUCUCUAUCAGGUAUUCAGAUGGGUCAGGGAAAGUCGUGGAAUUUGAAAAUGUCAUUUUCCUAGCCUAGAAGGUCAUGAAACAUUGAAUUCGGUCAUGGAAGAUGAAAUUUAUUUUAAAAUCAUACAAGAAAAUGGGUAAUUGUUAUAUUAUAUGGAUGAUUGGAUAAAAAUCCUUGAUAAUCUUCUCUCCUUUUUUUUUAAAGGGUCAUUUAAAAUUCUUUUAAAAGUCAUGAAAUGUGAUCCAUAACAAAGUGUAUGAACUCUGUGUAUACAAAUUUCAUAGUUAUUGAAUGUUAGAUACACUUUAAUAGCCUAUUGUAUACUAAUGUAGUGUAGUAGUGUGUCAUUCCCUUUUAUCUUUUCCACUAUGGUUCUGGAAUAGCUUUGAGUAAAAAAAAAUUCACAAUUAUCAACACAUCAAGAUCAUUGGUAUUUUGUCUCUUCUUCUUCUGUUUUGCACAGAAAUGUUCUGCAAUUCAGCACUGGAAUUAUUAAAAACGUAUGAUUAAAGUGCAUUACUCAAAUUAAUAGCUAUAAUCUUUCCCACAGGGAAUACUUUUUUUCAAACUAUGGAAUUUAUUAUACAUUAUUUAUUUAUGAGUAUUAUUUUGUUAUUUCCAAAACACUUUUACAUUUUUUCUAAUGUUAAACUUAUUUCUAGCUUCAGUCAAUGCGUCAUGACCUAUAUUAAAGGCCAUAGCAUGUCUUUGGUAUGGUGCAUAUAAAAGAUCCCUUGCUAUUAAUGGAAAAAUAUAGCAGGUUUUAUUUCAUAGACUAUUUGUCAAAAUUCCUACAUGUUUGACAUCCAAGAGCCGAUAAUUAAUAAAUGUGCUUUAGUAAUGUUGUUUCCACUAGAUCAGGCCAAACAUUCAUUAGCCGAAACCAGGUCUGGUGUUUUUCUGUCAAACCCUGACUAAGGAAAAACAAAAUCCAGUUUUAAGGAGUAUCUGAUUCACAGAGGUUCUGUACUGGUAUUUAAAAUGGGACCAUUAAAAAAAAAAAAAAAAAUUGAGGAGAAUUCCUGUUUACAGUGGAACCAGUUUUGAGGGGUAUAUACCCUAAUAUCUAUAACAAGUGGGAUAUGGCUAUGGAUGUGACAAAAGAUACCUGGUAGAAUAAAAUAUAUUUUCAGGCAAUGUAGUAGGUCAGCUUUCUUUAAAUUGCACUCAGUUGUCAUCGACAGCAAAGCCAGGGUCAUUUGAGUCUGCUUUUAUAUAUCAAUGAUUUUCAUAUAAACAUUUUCAUUGGAUCAUUUCAUAACUAGAAUGCAUAUCAUCAUCUGAUAUUCAUCACAUUAUAUUAAUAUACAAUAUGAAAUACAGUUGGUAUUGUCCUGAACAUGUUCAUUUUUAUGGACAUUAAAGUUGUGAUUAUGAUUAUUUUUAUUAUUAUUAUUAUUAUGGUGUCCCAGAAUUGUUGUCAUCUGGUGAGUAAUCACUGGAACAUGAGAUGGUACUUGUUUUGUUUUUUGUAUUAUGAACAAAACUGCUUUUGGUAAAACUCUUGCACAUUGUUUUUUCUCAUCUUUUUAGAUAAAGUGACAGACUUGACAGCUGUGGUGGCAGUACUCAUGCCUGGUGUCAGGAUAUGCUCAUCUUUCACAAACACCAGAUAUCAUGACAGUGGUUCAUGAGUGCAUGCCAUCACAGCUGUAGUUAAUCCAUUGAGCUGUCCUGUGCUAGUUUUGAUUGAGUCAACUAGUCUGAGAGUGGAAGUCCUCUUUGUGGCAGUGCAAGAAGGAUUUUUUGUCAAGUAAAUGUCCUCGGGAGUGGUUGUCCUAUAGAUGAGGCACUAGAUAGAGAUUCAUGGAAUCAGUCAAAUGCCCAUUCGACUCUGCAUUGUGCAGAGAUAUGGUCCUGAUCACGGAUAGCGGUUUUGUCAUUCAUAUUUCAUUUAAUAUUUGUUUGAUACAUUUUGUAUGUACAUGUACUGUAUUUGUAUAUUAAUGGAAAGAAUUAAGGGAACACAUUUAUUGCCAAAUUUAACAUAGUACUAUAGUAGAUAUAUACCUGCAUAACAUACAGAAAUAUGUCAUGUGAAAUUGAAUGUCAGGACUGUUGGAUUGAUUGCAAGUACAGUGUAGCAUGGUUAACUUUCUGAUACUUUGAAUGAGAGUUUUGCUUACUAUCAAUACUGUCAAUAUUUACUUUUUAUUGUCUGUGUGUUCCCUUAUUUCUUUCCAUGAGUAUAGUCUUGAACGUAAGGGUCAUGAAUUUUUUUAAUAUUUUUAUAUGUAUCUUUCUGAGCACAAUGUGCUCUAGUGGUGUCUACACAAACAAACUUUAACUUUGCCUUUCUGAGCACAUUUGGAUGUUUGAUAUUUAAAUACACAAAAAAAUAAAAAAAAAAAACUAGUAAAUGA